AUGGACCAAGCUUACCUUGUAUGUUCCUCGGUGCCGGUCGCCUGGCCAUGCGCGAAUGGCAGAGGCCCCCGACCUUCCCCCGACGAUGGCACCCUCCACAUCCUUCGCCUCUGCUCCCUCGGCCGCCUCUCUGAGGCCCUUUCCGCCCUCCAAUCCCCGGCCCUUCAUCCCUCCUCCGCCUACGCUGCCGUCCUCCACGCCUGCGCCCGCCACCGCCUCCUCGCCCCCGGCCGCUCCCUCCACCGCCUUCUCCUCUCCCGCCACCCUUCCCCCGGCCUCUUCCUCUCCAACCACCUCCUCAACUUCUACGCCAAGUGUGGCCGCCUCGACAUCGCCCGCUGCCUGUUCGACGGAAUGUCCCACCGCAACCUCGUCUCCUGGACCUCUCUCCUCUCCGGCUACGCGCAACACGGCCUCCACGACCGCUGCUUCCGCCUCCUCGCCGCAAUGCUCUCCCACCACCUCCCCAACGAGUUCGCCCUCGCCGCCGCCCUCAGCUCCUGCGCCGGGGCCCGCCACUACGGCUGCGGCCGCCAGGUACACGCCCUCGCCUCUAAGAUCUCCCUUGACGCCAAUGUCUUCGUCGGGAACGCCCUCAUCACCAUGUAUUCCCGCUGCGCCGGCCAUGGGGACGAUGGCUGGUCCGUCUUCCGGUCCAUGCCUUUCCGAAAUCUCAUCACUUGGAAUUCCAUGAUUGCAGGGCUCAACCUAAAUGGUCAACCAUGCCGGUCGCUAUAUCUCUUUGCCCACAUGCAUCGGAUUGGCAUCGGGUUUGACCGGGCAACACUAGUCAGCAUCAUCCCCUCAUGUUCUAGCCUUCGAGAUUGCCACCAAUUGCACUGUCUCACAGUAAAAACCUGUCAUUUUUCUCAGGCCGAAGUCGCUACUGCUCUUGUGAAGGCCUACUCAGGGCUUGGUGGGAGUGUGGACGACUGCUAUAGAGUGUUCUCGGGGGUUAAGGAACAUGACAUUGUCUCUUGGACGGGCAUCAUAACUUCACGUGCUGAGCAAGAGCCUGAAGAGGCAAUCCGUCUCUUUUGCCAGCUUCGUCGGCAUGGUUUUGAACCUGAUAGGUAUACAUUCUCUAGUGUUGUCAAGGCUUGUGCAGGAUUUGCAACGGAGAUGCAUUGCUCGGCUAUCCAUUCGCUUAUUGUGAGGUCUGGGUUUGGAGAUGGCAUGGUGCUUUCCAAUGCUAUGAUCCAUGCAUAUGCUCGGUGUGGUAGCGUUAAGCUUGCAGAGAGUGUAUUUGAACAAAUGGUGGUUCGUGAUGUGGUAUCAUGGAACUCAAUGAUCAAAGCUUAUGCUGCUCAUGGCCGAGGCAGGGAAGCAUUGCGAGCUUUUGAACAUAUGGAUGUUCCACGUGAUUCUGCCACAUUUGUUGGACUUCUCACAGCAUGCAGCCAUUGUGGGCUAGUAACUGAAGGUCAGGAUAUCUUUAAAUCUAUGUCUGAAGUCUAUGGAAUUACCCCUCAGCUCGAUCACUAUGCUUGCAUGGUUGACAUUCUUGGGCGUGCUGGAAAACUGUUAGAGGCUGAGGAUAUGAUCAACAGAAUGCCUAUGGUGCCUGAUUCUGUCAUAUGGAGUGCAUUGCUUGGGGCAUGCAGGAAGCAUGGGGAGGCCAGGAUUGGGGAAAAAGCAGCUCAAAAGUUGAUGGAAUUGGAGCCCCAAAACUCAGUUGGUUAUGUAAUGAUGUCCAACAUCUAUUGUGAGGCCGGAAGCUUAGAUGAUGCAGCCUUUGUGAGGAAGGAGAUGAAGGAGUGUGGGGUGAAGAAAGAGCCAGGGCUGAGCUGGGUUGGGAUAGGGAAACAUGUUCAUAAGUUCUCAGUGGGUGGCCGACACCACCCACAACGAGAAGCAAUAUAUGUUGAGCUCAAAAGGCUUGCAGAUAAACUGAAGGAAAUGGGUUAUGUGGCAGACACAAGACUGGUAUCACAUGAGACAGAGGAGGAGCAUAAGGAAGAGCGACUUUUGCAUCAUAGUGAGAAGUUGGCCUUGACUUUCGCACUUAUGAAUGCUUCUGCUACUCAGGAUAGUAUAAGAAUUAUGAAGAAUAUCAGGAUCUGUGAGGAUUGCCACAAUUUCAUGAAGCUGGCAUCUAAAGGUGUCAAGAAAGAGAUUAUAGUGAGGGAUGCAAACCGAUUCCAUCAUUUUGUUGAUGGUUUCUGCUCAUGUGGUGACUAUUGGUGAUCAAGAUUGUCUCCCCUAUAAAAAGGCAAGUUUGAGAGCUCAACUUUCUUCCCUUAGUGCUAAUCAGAUGAAAACUUAUGGAUGUCCUAUGUUAAGGUUUGGACAGAAUGAUUCAAAAUCUGCCUGAGGUGACAUUGUUUAAUGUGAGUGCUGCUACAUGCUAUUCAUUAUCUGAUGCACUGUGGUGAUUUCUGUAUUUUUCAACAAUUCCUGAUACUGGAAGGGGAGAUGAUGUUAACAGUUGCCUGGAUUGGUGAGCUAUGAGCUUGUGGUUUUGCUGGUAAUUUGACCAUCUGUACCUAUAAAUGACUGCAGAAAUCUGGCAGCUGUAUUGCUAUUUGUUUCAUAUAUUCUUCCUUCCUGAAAUGCAUAUUCAGACGCAUGUAAAGGGCGUUUUGGGUAACGGCCUAAAUAACAAGGUAUCUGCUACCAGGAAAACAUGAACAACAUGCUUGAAUUCAAUCGGUACAGAAGGAACUUCCAGGCAGUAGGAAACAAUACAUUCUGAUGUUGGACUUCUCAAUAGUACUUCAAAUAAAAUGUCAUUUAUUUUUAUCUUUCUUAAGUGUUGCUGAAAUUAUGUGAUUGCCUAUACUGAAAUGUCGAACUCAUGACCAUGAUUAAUUGCCAUCUGUUGAUUUUUGAGUUAAAAAGUAUCAUAGUAACUGAAAAAUUACAUGUAUGCUGUUUUAAAGAAAAAUAUUUUAGCAUCAAUUGUGCUUUGUGAUUGCUGCCAUCUGCUUGAUAACCUGUCUCAUGUCUUCACGUAUCUUACAAAUAUUCUUAGGUACAGGUACCGAAUGACAAUCUUCUACAUCUUCACACGAGCUGCAUGAUUAACAUGUGAUAUGAUGGAUUGCCGUUGAAGUUGAGGUUAGAGAUGUGCACCUUUACCCUGGCUUCAUGCGACGGACUUGGUGACAUAUCGGGAGCUUGACAUUCAGUCCUUAGCUGCAAUUUUUAUAUUUAGUCUUGACACAAUUAGCAUGUAGCCCUUUGCACAAAGUUUGCCCUGUUUCUGUAGACAAUUGAAUAUGUUUCAUACACUUGUUCAUGGGCCAGAAAUUAAACAUUUUCAGUAAUAAUAUUUUCAGUCAACAGAGACUAAAAAGGCGUUUGUUUAUUGAAAAAAGGGAGUAUUAGGCCAAAAUCAUAGUUCUUUUAAACAUUGCAGGAGGAAUCUACAGAAAUCUGUUUGGAUAAAGAUUUUGGAGUGAAACUUGCUGGAGUAUAACCUGAAAACUCUGAGUUUUCAAAUCAUUUUUAUUAUCUACAAGAAGUUCUGGAAGUCAAUUCAGAUUUUGUCUACAAAAUGUUCUCUUAUUUGAAUUUAAUUUGGGAAUUCCCUUUUUGGAUUCAAUCUAAGCUUGGCUUCAUGCGAUGAUUAUAAUCAAUUUUCUUUCCAAAGUUCAUGUUUUGUCUUUCCUUUAUCAUUUCGUCAUGGUUAUGCCACCGAAAUUCCCUUCACUGUAAGAGUGAGAAGUUCUACUUUGAUCUCUUGUAUCUUUAGAUCAAAUUGGUAUCUUCCUUUACUAGAAUCUAGACGAUUAAAUGAUAUUAUUAGUUUCUGUUGAACUUGAAUGCAAUUUGCUCUCAAGAUUUAAGGAUUCAAAACUGAAAAAUCUAUCUGGAUCC